AUGGUAAAUCAAUCAAUGGAUCAGUUAAUUAGUGAAGAAAAUAUUAAAAGUGAAGUAUUACAUACAGAAUUAGUAAUUAAAGAGGAAAUUUUAGAAGAAAAUGAUUCAAUUGAAUAUCAACUACCUGUAAAUCAUGAUUUCAGUUCUUUAAAAAAACAUAGACGUAUUCAUACGGGAGAAAAACCAUUUUCUUGUAAAGUUUGUGAUAGAAAAUUUACGAAUAAUAAUGAAUUAAUAAAACAUCAUCGAAUUCAUACUGGUGAAAAACCAUUUAGUUGUGAAAUUUGUGGGAAAAAAUUUCGUGCACGUAAUACUUUAAGUGAACAUAAACGAACGCAUACGGGAGAAAAACCAUUUUCAUGUGAUGUUUGUGAAAAACGUUAUACAUGUAGUAGUAAUUUAGCGAUACAUAGAAGAAUUCAUACCGGUGAAAAGCCUUACGUUUGUGAAAUUUGUGAUAGAAGUUUUAUGAUUCGACAUAGUUUAAAAUUUGGUCGAAGAAGUAAUUUAAAUAAACAUAAAUUAAUUCAUCGUGGAGAAAAACCAUUUUCAUGCGACAUUUGUGAUAAAAGAUUUAUCGGUACAAGUAGUUUAAAAACGCAUAAACGUUCUCAUACUGGUGAAAAACUGUUUUCAUGUGAUAUAUGUGACAAAAAAUUUGUGUCGAAAAAAAAUGUCUCUGUACAUCAUCGAACUCAUACCGGGGAAAAACCAUUUUCGUGUGACGUAUGCGAUAAAAAAUGUACCACGAAAAGUGAUUUAACCAGACAUAAACGAAUUCAUAGCGGUGAAAAACCUUUUUCAUGUAAUAUUUGUGAGAAAAAAUAUACGGAUAUAAGUAGUCUUUAUAAACAUAUAAGAAUUCAUUCGAAUGAGAAACCUUAUUCGUCAAACGACAUUAAUUUUCAUGCGUCGAAAUUUUUAUAUUUUGUAACAAAAGCACAUGGAAUGUGUGCUUUAUAA